AGUGGAAUUACUCAGAAAUGGGAAAACAUAUAAUAUUAAUAAAAAAGAGCAGUGGAAGUUUCUUGUAAUUUUUCCUAAAAGGAGCACUGAAACUUCAGUCUGUUUCAUUGCUUCCAAAAUUUUAGCUCUCCUCAGUCUUUUCUCUCUCUUCAUUUGCAAAUUUCAGAUUGGAUUUCUACUCACUCCGAUUCGACGCAUUUUCAGCACAACGCAAGUGAUCAGGUUGGGAUCAAGUCAUUUCUUCUUCCCCAAUUUCAGAUCCACCUGUUCUAGCCCCAAUCUCAGAUCUAUUUUUCUAAUGGCUUUAGUGGACAUGGAAACGGACUCGUCAUCUUUCCCAAGUUCUUCCUCUUCUGCUGUUGCCCGAUGGAAUUAUGACGUCUUUCUCAGUUUCAGAGGCGAGGACACCCGCUACAAUUUCGUGGGUCAUCUUUAUGAAGCUUUGAGACAAAAAGGCAUUCACACUUUUAAAGACGAUAAAAACCUUGACAGAGGAAAACCCAUCUCACCAGAGUUGUUGAAAGCAAUAGAGGAGUCGAGAUUUGCUAUCGUCAUUAUCUCAAAAGACUACGCAUCUUCAUCUUGGUGCUUAGAUGAACUUGCACACAUCAUACACUGCAAGAAAAAGACGGGAAUGACAAUUCUACCUGUUUUUCACUAUGUGGAUCCAUCCGAUACACGGAAACGAACUUUUGAGCAAGCAUUUAUUGAACAUGAAGAAAAGGGGAACAAAGAGAGUGUGGAGAAAUGGAGAGAAGCUUUGAAAGAAGUGGGCAAUGUCGCUGGAUUUCAUUUAAAGAAUACUAGGUCUGAGACAGAAGACAUCAAAGACAUCAUGGGAUGGAUAUCACUUCACUUGAAAUAUGAUGCAUUCCCUUACAGUACUAGGGACCUAGUAGGAAUAUACUCUCGAAUGGAGGAAUUGGAGUCGUUAUUAGCUAUAGGGUCAAACGAUGUUCGCUUUAUAGGGGUUUGGGGAAUGGGGGGAAUGGGUAAGACAACUCUUGCUAGAGUUGUUUACGAUAUGGUUUCUAAAGAAUUUGAAGCUUAUAGUUUUAUUGAGGAUGUUAGGGAAAAUUCUGAAAAACAUGGUUUAGUUGGACUACAACAGAAACUUAUUUCUGAUAUUUUGGAGGAAACAAAUUUGAAAAUUAGAGAUAAGUAUGAUGGAGUUCUCAAGAUCAGGAAUAGGUUAUGUCAUAGAAGGAUUCUUCUUGUUCUUGAUGACGCAAAUAAAUUAGACCAGUUAGAAAAUUUAGCUUGGGAGCAUGAUUGGUUUGGUCCGGGUAGUAGAAUUAUCAUAACAACAAGAGAUGUGCAUAUGUUGAAAACGCAUAGAGUUGAUAAAACAUAUGAAGUUAAAGGAUUGUAUGAUAAAGAUGCUUUACAACUUUUUUGCUCAAAAGCUUUUAGAGAAGAGCAUGUCCCCCCAAAUGAUUAUUUAGUGAUGUCCAAAGAAGUUUUAAAAUAUGCUGCUGGUUUGCCUUUAGCUCUUAAGGUUUUGGGUUCCUUCUUGUUUGGGAAAAGUACCAUUUUAUGGAGAAGUGCAUUGGAGAGGAUCAAAGAAAAUCCUAAGAAAGAAGUUUUCAAUGUACUUCAAAUAAGUUUUGAUGGACUUGAUGACUUAGAUAAGGAAAUAUUCUUGCAUAUUGCAUGCUUCUUUAAUCACAAGAAGAAGGAUCAUGUGGCAGAAGUACUAGAUAGUCUUGGCCUUCACCCUGAUAUUGGAUUGCAGGAACUCAUUGAUAAAUCUCUCUUGAAAAUUGAUGAUGGAGGUAUAUUGAGGAUGCAUGAUUUACUUGAAGAAAUGGGUAAGAACAUAGUUUGUCAAGAGUGCCCUAAUGAUUGUGGGAAGCGUAGUAGAUUGUGGCGUUAUGAGGACAUUGAAAACGUGUUGAAAAAAAAUAAGGGAAUAGAAAGAGUUCAAGCCAUGCAUAUUUUGCGUAAUUAUGAUGAUGAAGUAAAAGAGACAUGUUGGAGCCCUGAGGCUAUUUUGCAGAUGUACAAUCUUAAAUUUCUUAGCAUUGAUGGUAUUUUCCAUGUUCCUCAACAUCUUCCAAAUUCUUUAAGAGUUCUUUGUUGGAGGUAUUAUCCUUCAAAUUCUCUACCAUCAACUUUUCAGCUAGAUGAGCUUGUUAUGCUUCAUUUGCCAUGGAGCAGAAUUGAACAACUUUGGAUAGGACUAAAGAAUUUUGACAAGUUGAAGUUCAUCGACUUGUCAGGAUCGGGCCUGAUUAUAUCCCCGGAUUUCACUGGAGUCCUAAAUCUUGAGAAAUUAACACUUUCAUAUUGUAAAAAUUUAUGUGAGCUUCACCCAUCUGUUGGACUUCUUAAAAAGCUUGUUCUUCUUGAUCUAAAUUCUUGCUCAAAUCUUAUGUGCUUUCCUAGCACCAUUUGUAGCUUGAAUUCGCUUCAACGUCUUGAUCUUUGUGGGUGCUCAAAUUUUGACAACUUGCUGGAGAACCUAGGGAAUCUCAAAGGUCUCUAUGAUCUUGAUUUGAGUGGAACAGCUAUAAAAGAGUUGUCUUCAUCAAUUGAAGGCUUGACAACCCUUAAUUCAUUGACUCUCGGAGGUUGUGAUAAUCUUGUGUGCCUUCCUAGCACCAUUUGUAGCUUGAGUUCGCUUCGACGUCUUAAUCUUUGUGGGUGCUCGAAUUUUGACAACUUGCCGGAGAACUUAGGGAAUCUCAAAGGUCUCUAUGAUCUUGAUUUGAGUGGAACAGCUAUAAAAGAGUUGCCUUCAUCAAUUGAAGGCUUGACGACCCUUAAUUCAUUGACUCUCGGAGGUUGUGAGGAUCUUGUGUGCCUUCCUAGCACCAUUUGUAGCUUGAAUUCGCUUCGACGUCUUCAUCUUUGUGGGUGCUCGAAUUUUGACAACUUGCCGGAGAACCUAGGGAAUCUCAAAGGUCUCUAUGAUCUUGAUUUGUGUGGAACAGCUAUAAAAGAGUUGCCUUCAUCAAUUGAAGGCUUGACGACCCUUAAUUCAUUGACUCUCGGAGGUUGUGAGGAUCUUGUGUGCCUUCCUAGCACCAUUUGUAGCUUGAAUUCGCUUCGACAUCUUCAUCUUCGUGGGUGCUCGGAUUUUGACAACUUGCCGGAGAACCUAGGGAAUCUCAAAGGUCUCUAUGAUCUUGAUUUGUGUGGAACAGCUAUAAAAGAGUUGCCUUCAUCAAUUGAAGGCUUGACGACCCUUAAUUCAUUGACUCUCGAAGAUUGUGAGGAUCUUGUGUGCCUUCCUAGCACCAUUUGUAGCUUGAAUUCGCUUCGACGUCUUAAUCUUCGUGGGUGCUCGGAUUUUGACAACUUGCCGGAGAACCUAGGGAAUCUCAAAGGUCUCUAUGAUCUUGAUUUGAGUGGAACAGGUAUAAAAGAGUUGCCUUCAUCAAUUGAAGGCUUGACGACCCUUAAUUCAUUGACUCUCGAAGAUUGUGAGGAUCUUGUGUGCCUUCCUAGCACCAUUUGUAGCUUGAGUUCGCUUCAACAUCUUAAUCUUUGUGGGUGCUCGAAUUUUGACAACUUGCCGGAGAACCUAGGGAAUCUCAAACGUCUCUAUGAUCUUGAUUUGUGUGGAACAGCUAUAAAAGAGUUUCCUUCAUCAAUUGAAGGCUUGACGACCCUUAAUUCAUUGACUCUCAAAGAUUGUGAGGAUCUUGUGUGCCUUCCUAGCACCGUUUGUAGCUUGAGUUCGCUUCAACGUCUUAAUCUUCAUGGGUGCUCGGAUUUUGACAACUUGCCGGAGAACCUAGGGAAUCUCAAACGUCUCUAUGAUCUUGAUUUGAGUGGAACAGGUAUAAAAGAGUUUCCUUCAUCAAUUGAAGGCUUGACGACCCUUAAUUCAUUGACUCUCAGAGAUUGUAAGAAUCUUGUGUGCCUUCCUAGCACCAUUUGGAGCUUGAGUUCGCUUCAACGUCUUAAUCUUUGUGGGUGCUCGAAUUUUGACAACUUGCCGGAGAACCUAGGGAAUCUCAAACGUCUCUGUGAGCUUGAUUUGAGUGGAACAGGUAUAAAAGAGUUUCCUUCAUCAAUUGAAGGCUUGACGACCCUUAAUUCAUUGACUCUCAGAGAUUGUAAGAAUCUUGUGUGCCUUCCUAGCACCAUUUGGAGCUUGAGUUCGCUUCAACGUCUUAAUCUUCGUGGGUGCUCGAAUUUUGACAACUUGUCGGAGAACCUAGGGAAUCUCAAACGUCUCUGUGAGCUUGAUUUGAGUGGAACAGCUAUAAAAGAGUUUCCUUCAUCAAUUGAAGGCUUGACGACCCUUAAUUCAUUGACUCUCAGAGAUUGUAAGAAUCUUGUGUGCCUUCCUAGCACCAUUUGUAGCUUGAGUUCGCUUCAACGUCUUAAUCUUCGUGGGUGCUCGAAUUUUGACAACUUGUCGGAGAACCUAGGGAAUCUCAAAGGUCUCUUUGAUCUUGAUUUGAGUGGAACAGCUAUAAAAGAGUUUCCUUCAUCAAUUGAAGGCUUGACGACCCUUAAUUCAUUGACUCUCGAAGAUUGUAAGGAUCUUGUGUGCCUUCCUAGCACCAUUUGUAGCUUGAGUUCGCUUCGACGUCUUAAUCUUUGUGGGUGCUCGAAUUUUGACAACUUGCCGGAGAACCUAGGUAAUCUCAAACGUCUCUGUGAGCUUGAUUUGAGUGGAACAGGUAUAAAAGAGUUUCCUUCAUCAAUUGAAGGCUUGACGACCCUUAAUUCAUUGACUCUCAGAGAUUGUAAGAAUCUUGUGUGCCUUCCUAGCACCAUUUGUAGCUUGAGUUCGCUUCAACGUCUUAAUCUUUGUGGGUGCUCGAAUUUUGACAACUUGUUGGAGAACCUAGGGAAUCUCAAACGUCUCUAUGAUCUUGAUUUGAGUGGAACAGCUAUAAAAGAGUUUCCUUCAUCAAUUGAAGGCUUGACGACCCUUUAUUCAUUGACUCUUCAAUAUUGUAAGAAUCUUGUGUGCCUUCCUAGCACCAUUUGUAGCUUGAGUUCGCUUCAACGUCUUAAUCUUUGUGGGUGCUCGAAUUUUGACAACUUGUUGGAGAACCUAGGGAAUCUCAAACGUCUCUAUGAUCUUGAUUUGAGUGGAACAGCUAUAAAAGAGUUUCCUUCAUCAAUUGAAGGCUUGACGACCCUUUAUUCAUUGACUCUUCAAUAUUGUAAGAAUCUUGUGUGCCUUCCUAGCACCAUUUGUAGCUUGAGUUGGCUUCGACGUCUUAAUCUUUGUGGGUGCUCGAAUUUUGACAACUUGCCGGAGAACCUAGGGAAUCUCAAACGUCUCUGUGAGCUUGAUUUGAGUGGAACAGCUAUAAAAGAGUUUCCUUCAUCAAUUGAAGGCUUGACGACCCUUAAUUCAUUGACUCUCAGAGAUUGUAAGAAUCUUGUGUGCCUUCCUAGCACCAUUUGUAGCUUGAGUUCGCUUCGAUGUCUUAAUCUUUGUGGGUGCUCGAAUUUUGACAACUUGCUGGAGAACCUAGGGAAUCUCAAACGUCUCUGUGAGCCUUCCUAACACCACUUGUGGUUUUAAGUUCCAUGGU